CUUGCUUUGCAUUCAUUGUGCAUGCUUGCAAGCUUUGUGUGCGGCUCCUAUAUACCAGCAACACAAAGACCUGAUGGAACUUGGCGCAAGGCACGACGUGUCAAAGAUGGCUACGUGCCCCAGGAAGAGGUUCCCCUGUACGAGAGCAAAGGAAAAUUGUGGGCCAAGAGCCAGUCCGGGACCAAGUACCCUGUUGGGCUGUCAAAAGCAGAGAUUGAAGAGUAUGAAGCUAAACAAGCGGCACAGCAGCAGCCAGAAGCAGCCAAAAAGAAGAAGAAGAAAAAGAAGGCUGCUGGCAAAUGUGCCGAGGCUUCUGAAGCCACCGUGGAGCAACUGGCGACAUCUCUGGAGUCGCAGGUCAAGUUAGAAGAGCCAACACAGCCACCAUCUGCUUGCGCUGACCCUGCCAAGAAACUGCGCAACUUGCGCAAGAAGCUGCGAGACAUAGAGCAGCUGAAGAGGAGGAUAGAGUCUGGCGACCUAGCCAACCCUGAACCUGAGCAACUUGAGAAAGUAGCACGCCAGGGCGAGAUAGAGGCACAAAUAGAGGAGCUCGAGCUUGACGGCAUUGAAUGAGAAGUUUGCUGAAAAGGUCGGCAGCUCAGCACACGCCUGAAUGUGCGCCAGUGGCAUGUCCAGCUUUGCUGCCCUUACCGCACCACCUCCGGAGACUGCUGCAGCAGCACCCCAUACCAGUGAAGCUGUGCCGAGAUGCCAUUGGCCGCGCUUGUGUGUCCUUCCCACGAAAGGUGUGCUGCCCAACGGGACACAGUUCUGGACGCUGUGGCUUCUGUCCAGGCAGACCUCGCCAGCCACCCAUUUUCAGUCAUUGUGCCGAUUUGUGCAUGAACCACUUCAACCAUGAUGCAUUUGAAAGGUUUCCAUGCAGAUGCCCGACCUCAUAAUCACACUUGCACUCUCCCAUAUGAUGGCUCUCUUCUUGUCCCUGUCAAGGCAAGCUGGAAGCAGCUACCUCGCUAUUUAAUCUUCGUGCAACUCGAGUGAACUUCAUAUUUGGCCCAGGCCACGAGUUUUGGGAACUGGUCACAAUGUGAUCUGUGUGCAGGACUGCAUUUUCAGCCGAAGUUUUUAUUGUCUUCAGCAUGACAACCUAUAUGAAUGUCGGUCUGGUCGAAACUAAGGGAUGAAAUAUUGUGGAAAGAUCACAUCUGUGCUGAUUGCAUAACACCAUGCUGCAAGAUGGCCCUAAGUCUGAGACACAUAUCCUUUCAUAAUCAUGCACUUCAUAAGAGACCAUCACAAAAGAACUGAGAAAGCAAAAUUUUCACAUAAUUUUUAUUGUGCCAUCUGCUCACGAAGAGCUGACUGUUUAGUCAGGUAGAUGUCCACAAGCUCAUUGUCGGUUUGGGAAAGGUGACUGGUUGACAAGCUCUGAAAGAAACCAUGCAAGACACAAGAGGUUAGUUGCUGCAGUUUCUGGACAUUUUACAAGCCUCGAGAUAUGACAUUUUGGCAGGUUGAUAUACUGGGCUAUGUCUAGUAAAAAAAAAAAACUGAGUAGGCCCGCAUGUAAUGAAAGAAAAAAAAGUGUUUCAACAGAACAUUAAAAUGAGUUAACAAAA